AUGUUGGCCGUCCUUGCUGUCUUCCUGCUGGCCCUAACGCAUAUCGGUGCAUAUCCCACGGCUAAUUUGCCACGAGACCAUCCCUUGGUGAAGAAACUUCUUGCCAGCCAGGCCAAGCGACAGGCGCCGGCGCCUAGUGGACUGCCUAGCGAUGAGCCAACGACCCUCUACCCAGGAUGCAACCCCUUAAAUGACGCUGACCUUCUCGAUAUCGAUUUCGCCACCCUUGGCGCGGUAAUGACAGCAAUCUAUGAGGAAACAAUAAACCUCGGAUAUCCAUCCGGUCAACAACCGUUCAACUGCAUCGUGAACCAGCAAGGGGAAUGCCAAGCGGGUUCCGAUACUGUUGAAGUAGCCAUUCAAAGCAAUUGCAUUGGGAAAGGUAGAGGUUCCGCGGAUUCAAACUGCAAUAUUGUGUACUAUGUACCCACAGAUGAGGAAAAUGAUUACAUGACGGAGUAUUAUCCGAAUCUCUUCAAUCAGGAAGCCGCCUGGCUAUAUGCUUGCCUCGGAAAACCAUCGACCGCAAGCACCAAUUUUGACGAUGUAGGCAAUUGUCAAGUCACGCAGCAAAAUCUUACAGGGUCAAUCUACGGGGCAACAGCUUCCAUCACGACCACUCUGGAACGAGACGUCUCUGUAGAUCUCACCGCAGAGGAAUCGAUCACUCAAUCCGUCACUGCUGGUAUCUCUUACACAAUUAGUGACUCGGUCGGAAUCCCCGACGGGGAUUCAGCGUCAGAAUCCCUCACAGUCAAUCUACAAUACACCUACACGUCGGAAGAGGACAAAACUGUAUCAGUCACAACCGAUAAUUCGCAGACUAUCGCUGUCACCAUCAAUCCCACAUCUGGUCAGAGCUGUGACCUCCUCGUCUCCCAAAGGACCUGUCAGGCCCAGGUCACGAGCACAGUACCUGUAGUGUUCCGAGGAUUCCUCGCGUCCUACGUCGAUGGAUUCAACGGCGAUCUACCCCUUUUUGCUUGCGAAGGAAAUGGAGACACUCAGCCUCAUCAGACAUGUAGCAACUCGCUCGCGAUUUGCAAUGGCAACAAAGCAGGAACGUGCCACUCGAAACCGUCCCUCCGUAUCUGGGACAUGCAAGAUCUCGUGAUCGCCGGCGGAACCAAUCCAAACAUUACCAAUGUCGCUUCUGGCAGCAUAACGGCUACGGGCAAUUAUGUGAUCGACUGCACCCAAGGCGAUGCCACUGGGUCGCCCAACAGCGGCUACACCCCAACUUUGACCUGCCCCUCCAGUUUGGGUAUCAAACAAGAAGCCUGCAGCGCUCCGGUGCCCAAUUACAUCACCUCUGGUGGCGUGACAAGUGACUACCAGCAGUGGGCUGGCCGCGGUUUGUCAUACUCCCAGUAUCCAGCUCCGGGAUCCAACUUUACCUACGGCACAACGCAAGUGACGUUUUCAGUAUCUGGACCCGGAAUCGAGACUGUCACAUGCAGUGCGCCCUACACCGUCACUCCUCCCUGGUACGCCGAGUUCACUCCACAAUUACAGACCCUCGAAUACUCUUCAGACGGUUCGCCUGUCGUCGGAUACUACCUUGCUGAAUAUAUUCCAACUUGCGGACCUCAACAAGCUGGAGUCUGCGUAGUCAAACAGGUCACUUCUGCUCAAACCCAAGGGUUCAGCUGGAAAGAUACCUCGCCCAAUCCGUACAACCCUCAAACCUCUCUCCUGUUUGAGACGACAGCUGCCAACUGGCCAUCCACAGACACUCUCACAUUUACACUACAGUGCUCGGACUCGUACGGCAAUGACGGAGGUGCAGAAUUCACCCAAAAUGCAGUGGCUAUCAUUAAAGCGACUGACACCAUCCCUGGAGCCACUACCACCUUGACCGAACAUACUCGGUUCGUUGAUGAUUAUACUACAACAUUUACCGCGCAUACCAGCACAUUCACACCCCUCACUACGACCCUCAUCCCCACCAGCACGCUGUACACAUCCACGUACUAUGUGGCGACCACUACGGACUAUCAGUUCAACAAUUUCUUCAAUCCCACCACGGUGACAUCUACAUCAACAGUGUACCAGACUUCAACACUGAAUUAUCGCAACACCGUGACGGCCUCGGGUAAAGCCGCAACUUUGACGGUGACACCCACAUCGACGACCACCGAAAUCAUCACACAGACUGGAUCAACCUCUACGGUGACAGUUACCGGCUCCGCCAGCACGGUCACAGCUUCACAGUGUAGCUCGGCUUUGCAGAAGCGACAGUUCCCCACCUUUACUCCUGGCGUCGGCACAACUACCUCAGCUGACCCACAGAUCACUUUCACCGUCACAGAUGCUACAGACACCUUUGUCACCUCUAUUGCUUCGACUAAAACCAACACCGACUCCACAGAUACGGCUCACACCGUGAUUCCAACCCAAACCGUCACCGUGGAUGUGGUGAUGUAUGAAGUCUUGACGGCAACCUCUACAUAUUAUUACUUCUUGCCAACCACUACCGUGUUCGUGACCGACACUUUGACGACUCGACUUUACGGAACAACUACCAUUGGAGGAGCACCAGUGACUGUCACAACUACCGGCCAAGCCACAACGCUGACUGCAACGUCAACCGAGAUACAAAGCCCUGCGAGUGUCGUGACGGUCACUGCGACGCCAAGUAUGAUUACGGUUACCCCCACGUGCCCCGUGGCGUCGACUUCCACACCGGCAUCAUCUUCUCAGUCAAGCAUUUCUCAAUCUAGUAGUCCUCAGUCGAGCACUUCUCAAAUGUCAACUUCGGAGUCGGUCACCUCCAAGGCAUCCAUCUCGCUCUCUACCACUUCCCAAUCUACCACUCAAAGUUCGUCGACCAAGAGAAGCCAAAGCAGCUCGACUAAAAAGAGCCACUCCUCAUCCAAAUCUGCGUCGUCGAAUGCUCCUACAACGUCCACCAUGGCCUCAGUGUCUGUCACACCCUCAUUGUCGACAUCCAGUAUGCCUUACUCAACCUCUGGCGCUCCGGCGAGCAGCACCUCCUCGAGUGGUGGUGGCAGUGGUGGUGGCAGUGGUGGCGGCGGUGGUGGCGGCAGUGGUGGCGGCGGCGGAAGCUCGGGUGGUGGUGGAUGCCCGUGGUGGUGGCCGUUAUGCUGGUAG